AUGGUUAACAUCAACCUGGCUUACAGCGCCCCCAUCAAUCCAAGCGGUGCUUCUCCCAUCUUGUCAGAAGCUCAGAUCUGGAAUGGCCUCAGGCGCAAAGUCCGGAAAGCCCAUGAAUUUGUGGCUCCCAUUCUUGAAUGCGAAGUACUGAGUGAAGAACAAACAGAGUCAGACACAAAAGUCACCCGGCAAGUCGUAUUUGACAAAGAAGCGCGAGGUAGCAACGACAAUGUUGUCAAAGAGGUAGUCUACGAAUUUGCGCCAACGCGCGUCGAUUUCUAUCAACCUGAUGGUAGCAAAAUCUUCAACAUCGUCAGUGUUGACGAAGAGGGUAACUUGAUGAUGACUUAUGCUUUUGAGUGGCGACACCCGGGGGUUGAGGCAGAGGGCGAACCGGCCAAAGAGUUGCGCGACGAGUAUCUUAAGAUGGCUAAGGGAGCCGUGGAGGGUACUAUCACUACUAUUCGAAAGUUGGUCAAAGAAGGCGAGCUUUGA